AUGACAUUUACUUAUUUAAACCAUCACCGUCUUCUUUGUUUAUGCCUGACUGUGUUUAUCAUUUUGUUGUCUUUGAUAAAUUAUAGCUCAAAAUCAAAACCAAUCUAUAUCCAUGAACAAGACUCACGCUUGCUUGUAUCUCAAGCCAUUCUUGAUCGUCGUCUUAUAUCCACUCUGGUUGCAUCACAAGCUUCUAUUUUUUGUCCUCUAUUUAUCAUGUUGAUACCUCCAUCACAGACAAUUUCUAUCACAGAAAAGAUUUGUCAGGUAUUUAUGCCGCUCGGAUUAGCAGCCAGUUGGAUCUUUGCCAUCCUGUUUGACUUGAAGACUAUGACGGAUGAUUGCUGUGUGUUCAUGUUGGCACAUGGAUUAAAGUAUAUAAUCAGUUUACUGUUUAUUAUUGAAUCAUGUCUCAUGUUUAUCAAUCCACAAGUACCUAUAGAACUUGUUCCAGAGGCACAAGAGAAAGCAUAA